AUGCUAUUCAAGAAUAAAGCCUCUGUUCAAUAUGUGUUGACCCUCUACUUUGUGGAGCAUAAUAAGCAAUACAAGGUCAUCAAGUCUGACACCAAUAGGCUGGUAGUGUGGUGCAUACAUGAGGCAUGUUUGUGGUCAAUUCGGGCCAAUUGUAGCAAGAAGCACGGGAUAUGGGUUAUCAGUACAUGUAAGGGUCCCUAUAGUUGCUCAUCCCUCCAGCUAGCGACUGAUGGGCGGAUGAUGGAUUCAAAGUUCAUCUCCAUUGCACUUGAGAGGUAUGUAUGGGAGGACCUAACCCGAAAGGUAAGGGACUUGUGUAGUAUGUUGCAUGCAAGGCAUGGGCAUGAGGUAACUAUGUACAAAGUUUGGGAAGCCAAACAGAAGGCAGUUGCGCGUAUUUACGAGGAUUUUGACGAGUCGUACACGAAAUUGUCACGAUUUGUAGUUGCAUUGUCCGAUGCAAAUCCGGACACUGUGACCACAUUAAAGUGUGACCCCCAUGUCCCGGGGACUUGUAUAUUCAACUCCGCGUUUUGGGCUUUCGGUUCGUGUAUUAAAGGGUUUAAGCAUUGCAGGCCGGUGAUAAGCAUAGAUGCAACGCACCUCUAUGGCAAGUACGAAGGAAAGCUGUGGAUAGCAAUGGCAACAGAUGGUAACAAAGAGGUUUAUCUACUCGCAUUUGCCGUUGUCGAAAGCAAGAGCACGGAGACAUAG